AGUCAGUCAGAUGGCACUAUUUAGGUAUCUAGACAAGGCGAAGACGACCUUCUAGAGUUCUAACCAGGCAUCAGAAAAAAGGAGGAAGAGGAGUUACUGGGUUUUGUGAGGUUGAUGGUGCCAGACAGGCUGGUCUGAGCUUCGGCUCUACUGGAAUUUUCAUCCAAAACCAUCUCCAUGGUGUUUAAUUGAUAAUACAUUUUUUUCUAUCUAUUCUUACUCUCAUUUCAUCCCCCUUUUAAUUGUUUUUGACUCCUACAAGUAGAAAUAAUCAAGCCCACAGAUUCGUUUUAAGCUGCCUUGUCACUGCCUCAUUUUCAUCAGUAAUGUAAACUUCUGCAGGAGACUCCACCCACACACUAAAAUACAUACAGGAAGUGAGAAUCACUUGUGUCGUACCCUUUCUCAUGUAGCUCACUUGCACUGGAGGCAGAAAACAGCAGCAGUGACUUUGGAUCCAAUGCAGACGGAAGGUUCAGAUCCAAGGUUGCCAGGACCCAUUAUGGAAGGUCUUGGCGAAACAAGCUCUCUAAACGCUGAGGCUCUUGGAAAAUUUGCACAAAGUAUGGCUGAGAACAUAAUCAACUCAAUGCAAAAUUUGGAGCCCGAGGCGUCCCAUGCAAAUGCAAACUUAGAUGUGCUGUCUGAGAAGUUAGCAUCAACUAUAAUGGAGGGUGCAUUUAGGGAAGUGGGUUCUCCUCCCAGCGCUGAGGAUUGCCUACGAGAUUCGACGUCAGCUUGUGUAAAAGCAGAUCAAGAAGAAGGUAGAAAAGAGACUUCAAGAGAUGCUCAAUCCUCCCAUCCACCCUUGUCCCAGUCAGGACUUCCUGUUGUCGGAUCCCUCGACUACCCAGACGCUCCUCCAACCACCCCACUCAUCCCCGAGCUCGAAAGGAGCAGACACAGCUUUGCUCGAAAGCUCAAGGGAGGCUUGGCGAAGGUUUUCCUGCCUUCUCCUCCUCCUCCAACUCCUAAAGACAAAAACUCAGACGUUGACCCUCAGGAGGAACUGAUGGAGAAUCUGAUGCAUUCACUGUCUUCAAUCGGACUGGCAGCAGAUGGUUUGGACGCAGUUCAGCAGCAAGCAGCCAAUCUAGAGUCCUUUGCUGAAGAUUUGUCUCAUGAUAUCAUGAACUGGGUUUGGAAAGAGCAAAGCGAGAAGCAGAUCACAGAUGAAAGGGAUCUUCAUCUCCUGGCUCACCAACUGGCUGAAAGCAUCAUCACCUCAUCCAUCGACAAAGCUAAAAUACUCAUCUAGGACUCUAUUGUGGUAUUGUAUCUUAACUUAGAUAAAUAUUUUACCAAAACACAGAAAUUGAAUGUGUUAGCUCAAAUCUAAUAAAAAAAAUAACCCUCUAGUGGCAGGCUGCAGUACAAGGUUCAAGCCCCGCCCCCUGCAUGUAAAUGAAUGUCUUAAUGUUGAAGCUUACUCCUGCUCUAUACUAUUUAUUUAAGAUGAGUGUUUUGUGUGUUUUUUAUAUAUGUAAAUGACUGAUACACAUUGUGGUUUCAGUCUGCAUAUUUUUGUUUUAAGUUUGUUUAUACGCUUUUUAAACAUUUCUUGAAAUCAACAACAUCAAAGGUUUGGUUAUGAAAUAUGACAUUUGACCAAAAAGAAGAUUUAACAGUUUUUGUGGCAUAUUUUCAUUGAAAACUGUAUUAUGGUUAGGUUUGGGUAGUGGUGUCAAAUAACUGAAUUAAUGGUAAAUUCUGGUACUGGGAUGGAGUGUUUAGAUCCACCAUCAAUACCUUUACAUCCCCUAUAGAUGGCAGCAAAGGGGAAACAUUCCUAUACGUUUUAUUCAUGAAUAAUAAAGUUUGGGGUAAAAGGACAUAAACCUUUCUUUUUUAUUUAAAAGUUUGUAUGUCUAAUUUCUUUGUAAAUUAAUUUGUUUUAUUUGUUUUUUUCCACUAAAAAUAAAAAAUCGAUCUCGUUUUUUUAAAUAAAAA